AUGCGAGAUGGACAACUUCCCGACCCGCCCCUCGCCCGUAUAGACCACCUCCGGGCGACCCGUCGCCUCGUCCUGUCCCACCCGGACCAGGACGUCCUUCCAUCCGAGACUCGCUGCGCCGCCGGGGGCGGCUUUGCGCGCGGCCUCUUUCGCUGCGAACCGGCCCGCGAGCCAGCGGGCCAUGUCUGCGGAUACCGGGGGCGGGGAGGGGGGAUGUGGGCGGUGGUUGACGGAGGGGAGCGGGGGGAGGGCGAAACGCGUGCGAAAGUCGUGUUGUUCUUGGUCGUGGAGGAUGCGCCGGACGAAGCGCGUGAGGUAGUCGCCGCGACGGAGGAGACGGGCGAUGCGUGGGAUGUGGACGAUGUCGGUGCCGAUGUUGAGGGCGUAGGGGAAGGGGAUUGGUUUCAUGGUGAUGUGGAUGGAGUGUGA